AUGGCACAUUUCGGGCGCGGAGGCAGCGACCGCGUGACGCUGGCGGUGGACGUGGACCUGACGCUGACCGACCUGCUCCAGUGCGCGGCGGCGUGGCAUGAGGCGGAGCACGGCGCGCCGAUCAACGUGGACGAGAUUGCGUCGGCGGGCUGGACGAGCGUCUGGGGCGGCGGUGACGUUGAGAGCAAGACGCACCAGUUCUUCGAGUCGAAGCAGUCCGAGGAGCUCAAGGCGGUGCCUGGCGCCUUUGAGGCGCUCAAGCCGCUGCGCAAGCACUUCUCGCUGCUGGCCAUCACCGACCGCCCGCGGUUCGUGGAGAAGCAGACUCGCGAGUGGCUGGACUGCCACUUCUCGGGCGUGUUCGACAAGCUCGUGUUCGCCGACGAGGACAGCCCCGAGCACCUCGUGGCGCGCAAGAAGGAGCUCUACGACGAGUUCAAGGUGAAGGUGGCGGUGGGCUCUGACGCCGCCAUGCUGGCCGAGGCAGUGCAGGACGUUGGACAUGUCGUCGUCGUCGGCUCCGUGCCGUGGGCGAAGGAAGGCUCUGAAACGCGGAGUGGUGUCGUGCAGGUGGCGGAGUGGACCGCAGCCCCGGAAGUCUUUGAGCAGGUGAUCAAGGAGCUGGAGCUGCAGCCGCUGGAGAAGGUGUUUGCUGGGCCGCGCCUCGCGCGCUACACAGACGACCUGGUGACAGUCUCGACACGGAAACCAGCAGUCUUCUACGCUAACAUCAUCAACUCCAAGUUCACGGUGCAGAAGCAGGAGACCGUCCGGCUGCAGGCGUCCGAGGCGGCCAUCACGACGGCGGUGCAGGCGGCCGAGAUCCUGCGCAUCCAGAACAACGCCGUCACCACCAAGAUCUCGACGCGGUACGCGCUGAACCGCCCCAAGGACCGCGGCGGCUACCGCGUGCCCAAGCUGGAGCUGGUGCUUCAACGCGUCGCGCGCAAAGCCUAG